AUGUCAACAUCUGUUCACUUGGAUAAUAGAAAUGUUGUUGUUGCUUCAUUUGUGACCGCUUAUGCUCGAUUAGAACUAUAUAAUGUAUUAGAGAAAUUAGGUCAAAAUGUAUUGUAUUAUGAUACUGAUUCUGUUUUUUUGAUACUGAUACUGAUUCCGAAAUAUACAACUUCUUCUGAAGACAAACCUUUGUCUGCAAGGUCAAAGAGAAUGGUUGUGAAAGAAGCUAUUUCAACGCAUUCAACCGAUGCUGGUUGCAGUAACGCAACAGAUGCAAAUCAGCCAGAACAAAUUGAGUUGACAUUAGAACACGAAAGGAGUGAUAACUUAGCAGAUGAAAAUUUGCUAGUGGAAUCUAAAAAAGAUAAUAACAUGUCGACCCAAACAAAUGGUUGUUUUGGCUGUGCGUAUUUGGUGAAAGAAAGACGAAAAACGUGGAACAAGUACAUUACGCUGAAAGAAAAGUACGAUGCUAUGAUAAAGGAAAAACGUUCUAAAGGUAUUCAAUGCAGUAUACUUUUAAACAAUGACGACCAACAUAAAGGCAAAAUAUCAACAACAGCAACUAUGUUUGACUGUGAGCCUGAAACCGGCGGUGAUGACACUGAUACCACGGGAGACGAAACCACAUGCACAGAAGAUGAAAAACAGGAAACAGGAGAUGACGCUCUUCAUUCCGAAGAGGAUAUGGAAUCUGACCAAGAGAGCGAUGCUGAAAAUAGGGAUUCCUUUGGCAGUGAAAAUUUGAGGCAGGAACCAAAGUUCAUCGUUUUUCUUUCGCAAUUGCUUUUGCUGUUUAAGUUCUGCCAUUUUUGCAAAACGGACAGUGUCCUAGUGGAAUCGACUGCAGAUGGAAGCGCUUUAGUAGUUGAAAGCAAUUGUGGAAAUGCAAACUGCGGUCAGAGACGGAGUGUUUGGAGAAGUCAACCUUUGUUGCCUGGGUCGAAAGUCAAUGCUGGAGAUUUCCUUCAAAGUUUCUCCAUUUUAGUCUCAGGGGGAUCACCUGCGAAAGUCAUACAUAUGUUUCAGCACAUGGGUCUUUCUGGAAUAUCUCUCGAGACAUUUUAUAGACACCAACGUACCUUGUUGCUCCCUGCUAUAUUUAUUCAUUGGCAAGAUUACCAAAGAAAAAUCCUUGAGCGUCUAAAAUUGUUAGAGUCUUUGGUGAUCUCGGGUGACGGACGGCAUGACAGCAUGGGACAUAGUGCAAAAUAUGGUGCUUACACGAUCUUUUGCUGUACUUCGCCGCAAAUAAUUCAUUUUAGCUUGAUACAGAGAAAUGAAGUUGGUAGCAGUCCGGCUAUGGAAUACGAAGGCUUCAAAAGGUGCAUGGGUUUCCUUUUGGGUGAAGGCUUGGAUUUGUCAACUCUCGUAUCCGACAGACAUCAAACUAUUGCUAAGCACAUGAGAGAAAAACUGCCUAAUAUAACCCAUUAUUUUGAUUUAUGGCACUUAAAAAAGAAGUUGCAUAAAGUGUUAUCCAAAUUGGCAAAGGAAGCUGAUUGUACUGAAUUAGCUGAGUGGGUUCACCCAUGUCUCAACCAUCUUUACUGGAGUGCCACCUCAACUCAUUCUGGAAAUGGUAGGAUCAUUUGGGCAAAGUUCAAAUCAUUCCUGAGCCACAUUGUUGACAAGCACGAUGAUCUUGAUGAUCCAUUGUAUAACAAGUGCCUUCAUGGUGAACUUGAACCAAGAAAGUGGAUUCUUCCAGACUCGCCUGCAUAUACCAAACUUAGCAGUGCUAUCACUAAAAAGUCGUUGGUGAAAGGCAUAAAACAAGCUUCUCCAUUAGACCAGACAAGUUUUUUGGAAGGUUUUCACUCCGUUGUCAACCAGUUUUCCCCCAAAAUGAACGCCUACUCAUUCACUGGCAUAUUCUGCAGGUAA